GCAUGAGCAGUCGGGGUGCAUGACGUCUGAUCUCAGUAUUUUGUAAUGGCGCACGCUUGAAGUCAGUUUUUUAUCAAAAAAUACAAAGAAAUCUUCCAUUUAAAGACGGUUUAACACGCUAGAACUCGACAUAUAGUGGUGCUGAAUAUAUACUUGAAGAAUCAAAAUGUUAAUUACGUUCAAAACACUGCAGCAACAGACGUUUAAGCUUGAAUUUGACGAAAAUCAGUUGGUUCUGGAGCUGAAGAAAAAGAUUGAGAGUGAAAAGGGAAAGGAUGGGUACCCACAUAAUGCCAUUAAACUGAUAUAUGCAGGAAAAAUAUUGAAUGAUGAAACACCAGUUAAGGAUUACAAGAUAGAUGAAAAAAGUUUUGUUGUUAUCAUGGUUUCAAAGCCCAAACCAGCAGCCACACCUGCACCAUCUACAACAGCACAACCUACCACAAUGCCACAGGCUACUGCUGCAGCUGCUACUCCAACAACACAAGCUUCUUCCAGACCUGAACAGCCUGAGCCAAAGCCAGUAGAGACAAAGCCAGUAGAGACAAAGCCAGUAGAGACAAAGCCAGUAGAGACAAGUAAAGAAGCUGAGACUAAACCACCUAGUACUGAAACCCCUACUGCACCCACUCAAGAGACGAGCACAGCAUCACCAUCAGAUCCUUUGAUGGCAGCUGAAUCAGUAUUAGCCACUGGAAGUGAAUAUGAAAACUUAGUCUCUGAAAUCAUGUCAAUGGGCUUCGAACGAGAUUUGGUUGUAAGAGCUUUAAGAGCAAGUUUUAAUAAUCCAGACAGAGCUGUGGAAUACUUAAUGACGGAAAUCCCAGAAAUUCCAGAUCUGCAGGGAGAAUCAGGGGAGGAUCAGCCAUCAGCGCCGGCAGCAAGAGGACAAGAAGCACAGGAAGGGAAUGGAUCUUUGGAUUUCUUACGGAAUCAGCCUCAGUUUAUUCAAAUGCGACAAAUGGUUCAACAAAACCCUUCUUCGCUUCCCACGCUACUACAGCAAAUGGGUCAGUCCAAUCCACAACUACUACAGCUUAUUAGUCAACGGCAGGAGGAAUUUAUUCAAAUGCUAAACGAGCCAGUCCCAGAAGAUGCGUCCUCUGCACAACCAGCAGCAGCACAAGGUCGACAGCAAGGUACACCUGGCCAAGUUGCUCCAUCUGCUGAAGGGGAUCAAGCAGCUCCACCUCCUGGUGUUAGCUAUAUUCACAUAACACAAACAGAGAAGGAAGCUAUAGAAAGGCUAAAGGCUCUUGGAUUCAAUGAAAACAUGGCUGUCCAAGCUUACUUUGCUUGUGACAAAAAUGAAAAUUUAGCUGCAAACUUCCUCUUAAGUCAAGGAUUUGAUGAUGACUAGAUCACUUCAUUAGAUAAGCCUAGGGGUUCUCUAUGCAUAAACCCACAACAAAAGCCCAUUUAAAAGCAUAUUUGACCAGUAAGAAAUCCUCUCAUAUCCAUUCCCCAACCAUGAGGAAGGUUAUUUCCACUUUUAAUUGCUGAUGAGAAUCUAAGUAUGAGACGGAGUCAUUGCAUUUAAUUUUUCAGCUUCUCUGACUCUAACCAUUACCCACCCAUCAGGAAAAUUUUCUCCACUUAAUAUUGCUGACAGCGGACUGAGUAUAAAAUUUGGUGCCAUUGCAUUUAAUUUUUCAGCUCCACUGACUCGUCUAAUAACCAUUCCCCACACAUCAGGAAAAUUUUCUCCACUUAAUAUUGCUGACAGGGGUCUGAGUAUGAGAUUUGGUGCUAUUGCAAUUUUUCAGCUGCUUCCCUUGCCUUAGGAAAUCCUUAUGGAAGGGGGGAGGGGUAAGGAUUGGAAAUCUUAAACUAUGGGGAACUUCGUAAAUAAGACCCAGGGGUGUCAAAAGCCUUAAAACAAGCUGAUCAAGUACUGAAAGAUUAAAUGCAUUGCUCCAAUACUUGGUGGGGGUAUGCUUUGAUAGUGAUCUUUCAGUCUACAAAUUCUAAACUGCAAAUAGUCUCACUUAUCCCUCCAGAAUCAGUAAAGAUGAGUUUUCAGAAUACCAAGUUUUAGAGUUGCUGUGGAUUCUCGGAAAGACGCGCGUCCACAGGAAUCGUAAAACUCUAUAUUCUAAAAACUCGUCUUUUCUGUGUGGGGGAAAAGCUAGUAAGAGCAGUAUAUGAAUUCAGUUAAACACAAAAUCUUUCUGUUUGAUCUGACAGCUAGUAACAAAGUUAACAAAUAAGAUAGAAACGAAUUUAAAAGUACUUUACGUUACUUUAAUCAGCUUUUUUUAGAUUUUCACAUCACAAUAAUUAAAAAAUAUAUUGUGGAAUUAUGCUUCAAGGUUUCCCAAGUCUUGCUCCACUUCCUGAACACAGGAAACCCAGCUGUAUAUUUAAGCCGAUAAAGUUCUUUUAUCCGUUUAUUGAUUUUAGCUUUGUAACUAAUUGCUCUUGUCUUCAAUUCACUACCGAGAAAGCCAUACUGCAAAAGCAGUGCCAAUAAAGCCUUGCUAACUA